GGGGAGGCUAAGCGGCUAGGACUCGUUGGUUGGGUCCAAAAUACUAGCCACGGCACCGUGCAAGGACAAAUUCAGGGUCCGACUGCCAGGGUGCGGGAGCUGCAGGAAUGGCUCAGGAAGGUAGGGAGUCCCCAGUCCCGCAUCAGCCGAGCUGAGUUCAGCAAUGAGAAGAAGAUCGCAGCGCUGGAGCACAAGGACUUCCAGAUUUUGAAAUAA